AUGGAAGGACUAUAUGAUAAAUAUGAUUUAAGAAAUAAUAAUAUUUCUUUACUCGAAAUGUCGUCUGAAGAAGAUUUAAAAGUAAAUAUAAUAAAUAAUAAUAAGAACUUAGUUGAGUAUUAUAAUAACAUAUUAAAAAAUAAACAAACGUUAACUAAUGUUACAUAUUUUAAUAUGGACAUAACAGAUGAUAUUGUCGAAAUGAAUAAUGCAUUUUCCGAUCCUCUCAAAAUAAAUGAAGAAUCUGAUGAUAAUGUUGAAUAUAAAAUUAAUCAAUUUUUAUCCUUAUAUAACAAACCAUCAUCAGGAACUAAAGUUUUAUAUGAUCAUAUGGAUAUAACCGUACAUUGUGAACAAUAUGAACAGAAUUAA